AUAAAAGUUUGCGUGGGGUGAUACUGAGUACGGACUAAAUCCAUUUGGGUUUACAGUGAAAAUAUACCCUUUUCAUUUUUCUAUACACUAAGGACUAUCUUGUGGCAGGUCUUGGCAGAUCGCCGCCGUAUGGACGAUGAGGAGGAUGAUGUGUUUGAGCCAGACUCCCACUGCUGGCGCACAGCCUUCAGGGAGAUAAAGUACGAGGACAGGGGAACCCAGACACCCAGCCCUGUCCUGCCACUGCCCAAUAAUAUGCUGCCCUGCGGGGUGGCCCAGGAGCCCAGACCACUCUUCUACGGCAACGCAGGCUUUCGAUUGCACUUCCCAGCACAGUUUGAGCGUGUUGGAGACCAGGGGCCUCUGGGAGAGCGAGGGGGGAUGGAGCGGCUCAAUCGGCAGCCCCAGCUGCCAGCACGCAGCAUAGAGGUCUGCAUUGGACAGAAACUCCAACUCAUCGGAGACCAGUUCCACCAAGAACACCUUCAAGUGUAUCACCGAAACCAAAGGAACAUGAGGCCCUUGUGGUGGCGCCUGGCCUCGGCUCUGCUCACCCUGCUGUUUGAGCAGGAGGCCAUCGCUGGAGGGGGGAGAGCAGGGUGGAGGUGAUGGAGAGGACCAGCCCAGCCCAGCCCAGACUACCCCUCUCCCACAGGAACUGGACUCCAAAUGGCACUGUCAAAUUUAACACGGGUCUGUUGGGGAAAAAUUACAAAAGAGAAAAGGUCCCCGCGGGACGGAGACAACCAUUUUUUACGAGGUUGUUUUUUUCCAAGAAGAUGCCAUGUUGUUUCACGAGAUUCCUCUACUGGACGAUGUCCUUAUUUUGGUAAUUGUUUGAUGUAGUAUUUUGUACAGUACAUUAUUCCUGUUGAAUUUGUUUGCACUUCCGUAUGUGUACAUCUUGAAUGACCUCCAUGGUCCCGGGAAUGCCUUGUCAAUGUCUUCUACCACAACCCAAUGACUGUUGACAAGAACCAAGCAGAAGAAAGAAAGAGAAGGAGGGAUCUGAAGAAGGGAAAGAAGAGUAGUUCAUAGGGUUUUCUUUUCUGAAGUUUCCAGGAAAUAAUUGGUCAAACUUGAUAACUUACUAAUUUCCAAAGAUGCAGUCUCUCAGAACCAAGCAUUUUUCAGCUCAACCUUCUCAAUGGGGUUGUGUAUGUUAUAUUGGGGUUGUAUACUGUUAUAUUACAUGUUGAUUAUUCUUUGCUCUUCCAGUCACUUUUAUUGUUUUGAUUUCAAUAAUUGUUGUUUUUCCCAUUGUCACCAAAAAUAAUGAAACAUCCAGUGGCUUCCGAUGUGGUAAAUGCCACUUUGUGGUGUGAAGGUAGAUACAGUACAUGCAGCACCCCUGAUAAAAAAGUAUAUAUAUAUAUAUAACAUUUUCUCAUAACAUUUGUGAACUAGGCCUUUAUUACUGCUGUAUUAGCAGAGAAAAAUACUCUUUAGGACCCCCCCCACCCCCCUUCAACAGCACUCCCAAAACAUCUGCCAUCAUACAACUUCCAAAGCAAAAGUGGAUCCCACGAGUUACUCAGAGAGAACACCAGGUUUUCAAUCAUAGUUUAUUUCAGAGUUAUCUUUUACUAAUUUCAUAAAUCCCCGAACUGGACCCCAGUCAUUGUAAGAUAGAUUGUGCUGAUCAUUUUUUUGUUUUAAGACUACCAGGCCCUUCAAGUGGAGCUAUGUAUCCACACUGUUUGCACUAUAGUACAUCAGUCAGGAGUAGAUUCGGUUACAAAGCCAACCUCUGUCAUUUAAUGAAGGUUUUUAACUGUAUCUGAUUUGCAAUGGUAACAUUACAAUGUUUUCAUUCACAUGACCAAGCUAUAUCUUCCCAAGAAGUGACUGAAUAUGGCCUGUUAUCAUUAGAAUAAAACAUCUGAGGUACAAGUGAUGCUGGUUAAAUGAAUGCCUCAUUGAAAUUCCCUCCAAUCGAUGUGCUCUCUAACCCACUGCCAGAGAUGCACUUGUAUUCUGGACACCAAAACAAACAUGUGAAACAACAACAUCUUCCCUCCUCUCAGGAUUCUUGCAUGGGCUUUUAUAUAUAUUUUUUUAACCUGUGGAGUGAUCUUGUAUUAGUUCUUUGUCCUCAGAUCCUGUGGUGUAACUUUGUAAUAGAAAUCACCUCUGAUAAUCCAAUUGACAAGAGAACGUGUCUGAGAUUAGAAAUGAACUGGUAGUAUGCAAGACUGUAAUUACUAUUGAAAUAUUAAUCUUUUUGAAGACACUGCUGUAUUCUUGAAGAUGCUGUUUGUUGUACAUGUUAUUGCCUUUUUACUUCACUUUUUGUCCAUUUUGAAGUAGCAGUAUAUAUCUGUAAUUUCAGACACAACUCCUGUUAAUACGGUUAUGUUUGGUCCUACAGUACUUUACUUUUUGCCCAUUUUGAAGGAGAAGUAUACAUCAUCAGGCUGUAAUUUCAGACACAACUCUUGGUAAUAUGGUCCUACAGCCAUCUUCUGUGUCAUCUUCUGUCUGUAUAAUCAGUGCUUUCUUUCAACCCUUAAUUUAGAAUGCUGGAGAAACAGGUAACUGCCAAAGUCAAGGAAACACCCAUAUAAAGUGUCUUCAUAGGGUGGUGUUGGGCCACCAUGAGCCAGAACAGCUUCAAUGCCCCUUGGCAUAGAUUCUACAAGUGCUUGAAAUAAUAUGGUGUUUUGUUGAUGGUGGUGGAAAACGCUGUCUCAGGCGCCCCUCCAGAAUCUCCCAUAAGUUUUCAAUUGGGUUGAGACCUGGUGACAGUGACGGCCAUUUCAUAUGGUUUACAUCAUUUUCAUGCUCAUCAAACCAUUCAGUGGCCACUCGUGUCCUGUGGAUGGGGACAUUGUCAUCCUAUGGGGGCAUAGCCAUGGUAGCCAAAAUAAUGACCUGCCCAACCUUUUUAAACAUAUUUCUUUAGCAUAAUGGGAUAUUAAUUCCUUUAUUAACUCAGGAACCACACCUGUGUGGAAAUACCUGAUUUAAAUAUACUUUGCAUCCCUCAUUUACUCAAGUAUUUCCAUUAUUUUGGCAGUUACCUGUAUGUUUCAGUGCCAGGGAAAAUACAAAUAACAGUUUCCCAUGUAGAGUAGUAUGACAAAGGAAUGGAGUGGUUUGGUCCAAUUCUGUUGUCUGCAUCAGUUGAAAUAUUAGAUAUUAGAUACAUAACCAUAGAUAUAAAAGUAUACUUCAGACAGACUGGUCAGAUGAUGAUGCUUGCUCUGUCUGUUGAGGCAGGGACUAAUUUAGAACCAUGUGGGGCAGUGAGAGAUGAGCUGAACAUCGCUGUUGGUGUUGUUUGUUGUUGUUUCCUGCAGAUCCUGAAUGCUGAGCCAGUCACCGUAGCCUCCUGUCUCACUGUAGCCCUUAAACCGUCCCUAAACUCGCUUCUCUCGCUCUACUGUAGCCUACAUCUCUGUGUACUGCUCAUCCAUUUCCUUUAGGACUUUUAGCGUUGUUUUCCGUUUUUUUAUUUUUUAUUUAUUUUUUGUAUAUUCACCCUUUUCUACUGUAUGGAUUUUGUGUGCAAUUUCUCUUCCUUUUGUUUUUUAAAAAUGUGUAUAUAAUUUGUUUGUUUGACUGUAUAGAACGAUGGUUAUCUGCGCUGUGUUUUCCCUGGGGGUAGUCAUCUCCAGAAAUGGGCCCAAUCGGUUAAGGCAUUUAUAUGAAUCAACCAUGUCACGUUAGCCAUUCAGCAGAUAGCAGUAGAAUCUCAGUGUUCAUUCUGGAAAGAUCACAGAUCAGUUUAGCUACAGUUGAAGUCGGAAGUUUACAUACACUUAGGAAGGAGUCAUUGAAACUCAUUUUUCAACCACUCUACAAAUGUCUUGUUAACAAACUAUAAUUUAGGCAAGUCGGUUAGGACAUCUACUUUGUGCAUAAUUCACUGUAUCACAAUUCCAGUGGGUCAGAAGUUUACAUACACUAAGUUGACUGUGCCUUUAAACAGCUUGGAAAAUUCCAAAAAAUGUCAUGGCUUUAGAAGCUUCUGAUUCGCUAAUUGACAUCAUUUGAGUCAAUUGGAGGUGUACCUGUGGACAUAUUCAAGGCCUACCUUCAAACUAAGUGCAUCUUUGCUUGUCAUCAUGGGAAAAUCUAAAGAAAGUCUGGUUCAUCCUUGGGAGCAAUUUCCAAAUGCCUGAAGGUACCACCUUCAUCUGUACAAACAAUAUUACGCAAGUAUAAAUACCAUGGGACCACGCACCUGUCAUACCACUCAGAAAGGAUACGUGUUCAGUCACCUAGAGAUGAAUGUACUUUGGUGCGAAAAGUGCAAAUCAAUCCCAGAACAACAGCAAAGGACCUUUGCAAAGGAAACAGGUACAAAAGUAUCUAUAUCCACAGUAAAACGUAUUCUAUAUCGACAUAACCUGAAAGGCCGCUCAGCAAGGAAGAAGCCACGGCUCCUAAACCGCAAUAAAAAGCAAAACUACGGUUUGCAACUGCACAUGGGGACAAAGAUCGCACCCUUUGGAGAAAUGUCCUCUGGUCUGAUGAAACAAUAAUAGAACUGUUUGGCCAUAGUGACCAUUAUUAUGUUUGGAGGAAAAAGGGGGAGGCUUGCAAGCAGAAGAAACACCAAUCCAACUGUGAAGCACGGGGGUGGCAGCAUCAUGUUGUGGGGGUGCUUUGCUGCAGGAGGGACAACGUAGAUGGCAUCAUGAAGAGGAAAAUUAUGUGGAUAUAUUGAAGCAACAUCUCAAGACAUCAGGAAGUUAAAGCUUGGUCGCAAAUGGGUCUUCCAAGUGGACAAUGACCCCAAUCAUACUUCCAAAGUUGUGGCAAAAUGGCUUAAGGACAACAAAGUCAAGGUAUUGGAGUGGCCAUCGCAAAGCCCUGACCUCAAUCCUUUAGAAAAAUUGAGGGCAGAACUGAAAAAGUGUGUGCGAGCAAGGAGGCCUACAAUCCUGACUCAGUUACACCAGUUCUGUCAGGAGGAAUGGGCCAAAAUUCACCCAACUUAUUGUGGGAAGUUUGUGGAAAGCUACCCGAAAUGUUUGACCCAAGUUAAACAAUUUAAAGGCAAUGCUACCAAAUACUAAUUGAGUGUAUGUAAACUUCUGACCCACUGGGAAUGUGAUGAAAGAAAUAAAAGCUGAAAUACAUCAUUCUCUCUACCAUUAUUCUGACUUUUCACAUUUUUUAAAUAAAGUGGUGAUCCUAACUGACCUAAAACGGGGAAUUUUUACUCUGAAUAAAUGUCAGGAAUUGUGAAAAACUGAGUUUAAAUGUGUUUGGCUAAGGUGUAUGUAAACUUCAGACUUCAACUGUACAGUAUGACCAUUUUCUGGUCAGUGCUUUGGAGCUGGAUCAGUACCGUGCAGAUAAUUUGCCAAAACAUUUUUUUUGUCACUGGGCAUUAGUUAUGGGUUCAAUCCUUUUUUGUCUACUUUAGCAUUCUUCUGUAAUAAACAUGCACUGGAAAGUACUUUGUGUCUGUAGAUCUGAUGCGUCCCUGAGCAGUCCCUGUGAUAUUGUACAGUGUACUCUGGUUCGUUCUUUCAAAUCUGUCAUGUGCUGAACUAGCUGUGUGUCUGUAGUAUAGCAGACCAUUGACGAUGCAUAGAACAGUCUUUGAUUUAUUUGAAAGAGAAAAAAGCCACCAUGGUGCCCAGAAAUGAUUUUUCAGAGGGGGUUCUGAAGCUGUGUACUGGAGAUAUACAUAUACUUGCCAGCACUGUGCAAAGCUCCAGGAACUCUAUACAGUGAGUUUUGUAUAUUAUGGAAAAACCGUCAGUGUCUUGAUUUUUUUUGUCCACUUUCUUUAAAUGUACCUUUUUUAUGAGACCAUUUCUUACUCAUUGUCUUUCCUAACUGUUUUAAUGUCUUUUCAUUUGAAAGGGUCAGCUUUUAUAGGGACAGUUUUGAGGCUUUUAAAUUGUUUUUAAUACCUGUUCGAUCUUUUUAACAAGUCCAAUGAGAUCAAGGGCUUCUUUGUAUAUAAAUGAGCUUGAAACAUUCCUUUUUUGACUGGUUCUGGUGUAAACAUGUUUUCAACGAUACCGUCAAAACGGAAACAUUUAUUUCAGUGUUGUGCUCCAUAUGAUCUCUGAAGUUAAAUCAUAACCAAGAAACAUUGUCCUUUUUUAGGAACCGAUGAACUGUACAUGUAUUACUGACACCUGGAAAAUGCCUUUAACUGCUCAGUUUCAACUAAGUCUUGAUUAUCACACACUCUCUGUACUCCCAAGAAAAGAGACCCAGCGAAAAUGUAGCAUUUUUGUGAACAUUGACUGUGUGUUUUCAAGACUGUACUGUGCACUCAUUUCUUUUUUUGUGUUUUAUUUUUGUUGAUGCAUUAUGGAAGUAAGGACAAUUUGUUAUGUAGUGCAAUAUGCUGUACAUAUAAGAGCUUUGCUCAACAAAUCUUUUUCUGAAUUACUUGUUCUGUUUUAUUGGUACUUUUUUUUCAAUAAAAUUAUAUUGAAAGUGUAAA